AUGUUGAGGUUAUCUUUACUGAGAUCAACAGCUACUUUGCCAGUGAAAUGCCAACGUCGUGGGCUAAUAUUACCUGCGGCGGCAAUGUACACCUUAGGCUCAUUAAUAUUUGGUAAGGAAGCAAGGUUGGCGGAUGCCAUGGAACGUGGUGAGUUACAUAACAAGAACGUUGAUUAUGCGAAAGAAGCUGAAGAGCGUACCGAGUUACGUAUUAGGGCCCUGGCUAAUACUCGGCCAAUGGAACCUCGGUACAACGGCCAUGUUCCCCUUCAUCGGUACGAGAAAUUGCUGCUGUUUGCAAUUUCCGGUUGGAAUUCAUUUUUCCAUCCUGAAGAUGGUUAUAAUAUUGUACAAUUGGGUGAGGCAACUGCAUUGCCGGUCUUCUUGGAGAAUUUGAAGCAAACAAUGUUAAGUGAUUCCUCUGGGAGGCGCAUUUUGAAGGAACAACCCAAUAUCACAACAGAGAUUUUGCAUAUGGACAAACUAGCUAAAUUGCCACAUAACACGUUUGGGUAUGUAUAUUACCAAUGGUUGAAAAGAGAAAACGUUUCUCCGGACACUAGAGCACCUGUCAAAUUUAUCGACGAUCCUAUGCAUGCAUAUAUCUUUAAGAGGUAUAGACAAUGCCACGAUUUCUAUCACGCUAUAACCAACAUGCCUAUUAUCAUUGAGGGGGAGAUCACCAUAAAGGCUCUUGAAGGUGCCAACCUGGGCGUCCCAAUGGCCAUUCUCGGUGGUAUCCUUGCACCUUUACGUUUGAAAAAGGUGCAAAGAAAAAGAUUAUAUAAUAUAUAUCUCCCUUGGGCUGUCAGAACAGGUUUAAGCUGCAAGCCAUUGAUCAACGUGUAUUGGGAGGAAAUGCUGGAGAAGGAUGUUACUGCUUUGAGGAAAGAGCUAAAGAUAACACUCCCUCCGGAUCUAAGGACAAUGAGGAAGGAGCGUGCAGCCCUUAGGAAGGAGAUUGACGCAAAAUACAACUCACAGAAACGAGCCACGACUCCAGCAUGA